AUGCACUCCAAGGUCCUCAUUGGCCUAGGCCUGUGCGUCGUCGCCUCUGUCAUGCAAGCCACGGAUGCUCGUGGCGCUCCUGAACUCUCCUCUCGUCGUCAACUUGGCUCGUACAAGGACCACAAACAUCACUUGCACAAGCACGACCACCACAAGAAGCAUCACCAUGAUGACAAGGGUCACUCGUACUACCGUCGCCGUCUUGAAGAAACCAAGGCUGCUGAGUCUUCGGACUACAGCUACGAUGACUACAAGAAGGGCUAUGGAAAGGGAUACGGCGGCUAUUACCCGGACUACUACUCAUCGUACGGCGGUGACUUUGGCUAUGGUGGCUACUACCCGGACUACUACUCGUCCUUUGGUUACGGCUACGGCUAUCCCAGCUACGACUACGGCUAUGGCUACUAUGGCUACCCCGGCUAUGAGUCCGCAUCAGGAGGUGCCGAUACUAAUGCUGGCAAGAAGGAGUAUGAUUUGGAGUUUGCCACGGAGUCUAGGGAUAGUGCCAACACCAAGUCUGCGGAGAAGGAGAGCAAGACGUCAGAGUCGUCGUCACCGUCGGAGUCGUGUCCGUCGGAGUCGCCGUCAAAGUCGAAAGAAGCCAAGUCUGAUACCGCAAAAAAGCCAAAAGAGAAGUGA